AUGGAUCCACGCGUUGCUUAUAUGAAUCAAUAUCUAGAGGUGAGUAAUGAAUUCUUGAAUAACAAUAUCAAAUCACUUCAGAAUUCAUCGUUGGAAGAAGAUGUCAUAAAUCGAUUCGCUAUUCUUGGUCUCGAAGAAGAACCCAACAAGAGAAUUUCAACACUUCCUGAUUGGAUUUUUGAUGAUCGCGGUGAAAUUCGAUCGGAUUUUACACUUGAAAAAGUUGUUGAAUCGAAUUUACUCCAAAAUUUUGCCACGGAUAAAUUGGGAUGCCAGUAAGAUAAUUCGACAGUUUCAUAAUUUAUGAUAAAAUCAUAAAAUUCAAAUUUUCUUCCAGUUUUCUGCAAAGCCGCUUCUAUGAGUUGUCAACAAAUGGAAUGGGAAAUGAGUUGAGAGAUCGAAUUUGCAAGGAGAUUUUGGAGGAUCGCGACACUUUUUUGGUUAGGAAAUCAAAAAUUGGCAUUUAUAAAAUUGUUUUUCCAGAGUUUGUGCAGAAAUACCUUUGCCAACUUUUUCUUGCAACGUGUUAUUGAUGUUUCGAAUCAGAACGAACAGGAAUUCAUCUACAAAUAUCUAUGUUCAGAUAUGGCGGAUUUAUGUUUGGAUAAAAGUGCGUGCCGUGUUAUUCAAACAGCAUUAGAGGUAUUUUAUAAACUUAUCAACUAUCCCGGAGAUUUUCAAUGAAAUAUAUAUUUUUGUGAGCUCCGGAAAAGCUUCCUGAGCUCUGGAAAGGCUUUUAGAUCUCCGGAACAGCUUCCGGAGCUCCGGAAAAGGCUUCUAGUGCUCCGGAAAAGCUUCCUGAGCUCCGGAAAGGCUUCCCGAGCACCGUAAACGCUUUCUGGAGCUCCGGAGAGGCUUCCUGAGCUGCGGAAAGGCUUCUAGGAGUCCGGAAAAGGUUUCCUGAUCUCCGGAGAGGCUUCCGGAGCUCCGGAAAGGCUUCCAGGAGUCCGGAAAGGUUUUCUGUGGCUCGGAGAGGCUUCCGGAGCUCCGGAUUGGCUUCCUGAUCUCCGGAAUGGCUUCCUGGAGCUCCGGAAAGGCUUCCAGGAGUCCGUAAAGGCUUCCUGAGCUUCGGAAUGGUUUUCUGUGGCUCGGCGAGGCUUCCUGAGAUCCGGGAAGAUUUCCAGGGAUUCAGGAAGGUUUGCGGAGCUCCGGAAAAACUUCCUGAGAUCCGGAAAGGCUUCCAGGAGUCCGAAAAGGCUUCCAGGAGUCCGGAAAGACUUCCUGAGCUCCGGAAAAGCUUCCUGAUCUCCGGAAAGGUUUUCUGUGGCUCGGAGAGCCUUCCGGAGCUCCGGAAAGGCUUUAUGAGUUGCGGGAAGGCUUCCUGAGCUCCGGAAAAGUUUUCUGAGCUCCGGAAAGGCUUCUUGAGCUCCGGAAAGGCAUCCUGAGGCCCUGAAAGUGAAGAAAAUUUUCAAAAAAUUUAUUUCAGCGUCUGAAACCUGAGUAUGCUGAUGCUUUGGUUGAUUCAAUUCCACGCGAUCAACAAUUGAUAUCAAUUUGUACCGACCAAAAUGCGAAUCAUUUCAUUCAAAAAGUAUUUUUCUUCCGUUUUCUCUAACACAACCCUUCUCAUUUUUAUUUCAGAUCGUAAAAACGAAACCAUUCAACAAAUGGUCAUUCCUCAUUGAUUUUCUAUGCAAAUCAGAAGAAAACAACAAUCUAUUGAUGAUUUGUCAAGAUAAAUAUGGAUGUCGUGUAGUUCAAACUAUCGUCGAAAUUCUAGCCAUAAAAACAUUCGGAAAUCACGCUGAAAAGGAUUGUCUUUUGCAUAAACUUAUGAAUCAAAUUCUGUUGAAUUGCCAUAAAUUGAUAUCAGACGAGUUUGCGAAUUAUGUGAUUCAAUAUAUUAUUUCGAAUCACGAUGUUUUGAAAGUUUAUCGAGAUGAGAUUAUUGAUCAGUAUUUGUUGUGAGUUGAAAACAUUAGUCGCGUGCUGACGUGUGCCAACCGCAACGCACAACCGCACGCGACUGACGAAGUAAAAUUAAUAUUUCCAGACAAAACCUUAUGUCAAUGUCCCAAGAAAAAUACGCGUCACAUGUUGUUGAACAAGCAUUGGCUCAUGCUCCACUACACUAUCUUUUAGAUAUGAUGGAAGAGAUUUUCGAUGGCUAUCUACCUCAUCCGUAAGUUUUUAGUGUGUUUUCAAAAGUUUCGAAAGAAUUUUCCACUUCAGAGAAACUGGCAGAGAUGCAUUGGAUAUUCUGAUAAUCCACCAAUUUGGCAAUUAUGUUGUUCAACGAUUAUUGCAGAUUUGUUGCGAUUCGAUCAAUGGAAAACGGUGAGAUUUAUAGGAAAGACUCAAAAAUAAUUCAAACUUUGCAGAGAAACAAUUCUUGAUGGUGUCGAUUGUCGUGAUCGAUUUGAAAUUUGGUUGAGGAAAUUGAAAGCGCGAGCCAGAAAAGAGAAAGAUCGAUUGACACGGUAAGUCUUGGGAUUUUUCAAAUAAAAAAUACAUAUUUUUUUUGCAGUUUCUCAUCUGGAAAGAAGAUUCUCGAAAUCCUUCGAAUAAUGUAA